ACUUUCCUUUGUACAAAGAGCAUGUAAUCAAGAAAGGUUAUCUUUGUUGUUUCUAAUCUAUAAGUGACUAUAGGUAGAUAACUACUUACUAUUUGUGAUCAGUGUAAUAAUGUUAAUUGUAAAGUUGUGCGGCAAAUGAAAGUGAUUGUGAUGGGUGGUUUUCAAAGCAAAAGGUCCACAAAGCCGAAAAUUGCAGGAGAAACGAACAAAAAUCAAAAAAUGAAACAGGAAGAGACACACGAAGUCGAUGAUCCAAUUUUGUUAGAACAGGAAAUAAUAGAUCAUAUGAAAACUGAAUUUAAUGAGGAACCGGAAAUGUUUAUCUUGAAUCAACUACUUAUGAGCUACAUGUUUUUUGAUGACUAUCAGAAGGAUAUUGCGAGAUGUGUAAGUUCACCACCUGUAAGCAACAAUUUAAUGCAAGAUCAUGAAAAAGCACUACUCCUUCCCGAUGUUAUACUAAACCACGUUGGGCGAAAAAUCAAAUUGGAAACAACGGACGGAGAGUUACAACCGCUAGUAUCACAAAGAAUGUAUAUUCUCCACAACAACAUAGAAGUCGUAAACAAAACGGACCCCAAUUACAGUAGAAUUGACAACAGUUACAGAGCAGAGAUGGAAGAAUCAAGGCCUAGAGGUUUUGUCAAACUGAAUGUACUAGGCACACCUAGAGGUUCACACAGCAGACACAACUCCAUUGAUUUUCAGUCAACAGAUAAUGAUGUCAAACAUUCACUUAAUAGGCCAUCGACAUCAAGAGACACUGAUGUGAAUGAUGCAGAAUAUGGCUACACAACCAUAACGGCUUUAAAGACACUCCAUAGUGUUGAUGUUUCAAAAACCAACAUAUAUACCAACACUGCACAAUUCCCGAAGAAAUGCAUAUCAGAAAAGCAAGUAAAAAAUUUGUAUGGUUCUGAAUGGGAUUCUGACGAAGACGACUGUAUCGAUUCAAGUGAAAAACAAGUGAAUGAAUCUUCAUUAUUCGUAACUCGUUAUUACCUAAAUUCAACCGAGUUUAUGGAGCACUUUACAAGAAACGUAUUUCCAAAUUACUUAGCGGCGAUUUUGGAAUUUCCAAGCAAUUUUAUAAAGCAAACAAAAUCAAUUUAUGGCGCACUUUAUUGUGAUAGUAUCGACUGUGAUAACAACAAAAUCAGAUUUGAAAUAGUGCCUGUAAUACCAAUAGGUUGGCCACAAGAAAUUGUGUUCGAAUGGUAUUGGAGGGAGCGCGUUACAGUAAGUGUAAAGAGAGGUAGAUGGAUUUACAAGUGGCCAACGGAUAACAUGAUACAGGAAAUACAAAGUUUAAGUUGUGUACUCACACCUAAAGGGUUUGCCCCUAAAAAAUUCACUAAUCCUGAAAUGCAGAUUGAAUGGGAAAUUCACUUUCCCAAAGCGGAACGGUAUCUAGAGCUAACGAUGUCGCACGCUCAAAUGCGAUGCUAUUUAUUCCUUGUGAUUCUCUUUCGAAAGCUAAUUGAGCCGAAAACUCAAACGCACGGAAUUCUCGUGGAACACAUCCGGCACCUCAUGUUUUGGGAAUGCGAGUCAAACUACUGCAACUGGCCCGAGCACAGGCUCGGUGCUAAACUAUUGUUAAUACUCCAAAAUUUGUUAAACAGCAUGAGUAAACAGAAGUUGCCUCAUUAUUUUAUAAGAAAUAAAAAUUUGUUGUACAACAUACCUACCAAAUACUUAAUAUCAAAAAUGGAAAUACUACAAAACGCAAUCCAAGAGCCAGUACUCGGCUUUAUUGCAAGUUUAAAACACUUGAGAUACACCAGUCCUAAAUUUUAUUCGGCGCCCGACUUACAAGAGUUGCACAAAAUUAUCAAAUCAGAGAAUGUGUACGAUUCAAAUGUGCAAGAAACUAUAGUGGCAUCAGAAGUAAUACAAAGUCAAUCCAGGGGAAGGAAUAACGAGACCGAACCUAAAAAGAAAAGGAACAAGGAGGAGGAUUGGGAUCGCAGGUAUCUGCAAUCCAAAUUGCAGAAAAAUAUUCAAAAACUGAAGAGGAAUGGCGAAAUUGCCGCAAAACGGCUUGCUGAGCAAUCAGAUGAAGUCUCGAUACGAGAACGUUUUCAUAACGACAUAGCUAGACAAAUCCGACUUCUCGAAUUUUUCAUACAUGUUUUUAGAAAAAUUUCUGAAAAAAGUUCAAAAAUUGCCUCAACACACCAAACUCAACUGUACUUAAAGCAAGCGUGGUGCCUAACUAAAGUGUUAGAGGAUAUCGACAAGGAAGGGGCUUUAACAUUGCAAGAACGCAUCAGAGCCGAAGAAGAAAAAUUCCUGAGGAGGAAAACUGCCGAAACCCAUAAUCCUGGUAUACCCAAAAGAAAUACGAUUUUAAAUAGUAAGGGGGUUGAAAGUAAAGUCUCAAAUUUAGUCACAGAUAGAGAAAAAAUGGAAAAUGGAAGCGCCACUAUCGUUGACAUUCAUGAUGUGGGGAAUAAGAACGUAACUGACUACUCCACUUGUGGCGUAUUGGAACAGAUGCACGAAGGGUUGACUGUUCACAACGACACAAAUGAAUCACCACCACUCAAGGCACUAGGUUCAAAAAUAAUUCCUGAUGUUGUCGAGAUCGAAUCCACAAAUUUAUAACUCAAUUGUUUACCCUAUGUAUUAAGUGAUUAAAUAAAUUAUGUUUAUGACCUCUUCUGAAAACACAACUACAACUUUAUCUUCCUCGAGUUUAUUGCAACGAAUAAAACAGUUCCGGCGGACUGAGAAUAAGAACCCUAGUUUUGAGAAGAGAUGAGAAGCAAGCGGGUGGAUGGCAGCACCUUGAUUCCUUGGAAGAACUCAUUUGGGACUCGACUUGGGUGGAAACACUCUGCGCCUCUUAC